AUUUUUUGUUGUUUACAAUCAUAUUAAACGCGCGCGCAUGCCUCUGAUGGCUCCACCCAUUUUAUACGAGAUGCAUGUAAAGUUACACACAACCAAUUAGCCCGUGAAAAUGAAUGAAAGCUACAGCACUGCUUGCAAUCGCCAUCGGCUGGCUCCGGUGUGGCAUUACGUCGUACCCGUGUAACUAGAGAACAGCGUACGUGGCGCCAGUUGCAGCGGAUGCAUGGAUCAACGUGUGUUAGACUAAGACUAGAGUACGGCUGCCAAUUUUCCUAGUUGAAAAUCUGCUUUCCUCCAAGACAGCAUGGAUAACAAGGGGACACUUACAUUCUUGAUUGUUGUUGCUGCUGUUUCAAUACGAUGGUGUGUUUCCUUGAAUCCGUACUCCGGUGCUGGUAAGCCUCCUAUGUUUGGUGAUUAUGAAGCUCAAAGGCACUGGAUGGAGAUGACAUAUCAUUUACCUGUCAAAGAAUGGUAUCAUAACACCAGUACUAAUGACCUGCAAUACUGGGGUUUAGAUUAUCCCCCUCUCACUGCGUACCACAGCUGGUUAUGUGGUUAUGUAGCUGAUAAAGUGAACCCUGACUGGGUUGCCCUCCAGAGGUCAAGAGGUCAUGAGAGCGAGGGACAUAAACUUUUUAUGAGAUAUACAGUACUGGUUGCUGACCUGCUUGUGUACAUUCCAGCCGUGAUUGCCUUCUUCUUGUGGACAGUGAAGGACCGGUCAAACAUUCAGCUUCUUGCCUUUGCUGCGGUCACUCUUCUUUACCCCGGCCUCGUUCUCAUCGAUUAUGGCCACUUCCAAUACAACUGUAUCAGUCUUGGAUUCACCUUAUGGGCUGUCGUUGCCAUGGCAACUAAUCAUGAGCUCUUGGGAUCGGUUGCGUUUGUUUUGGCCUUGAAUUACAAGCAGAUGGAACUCUACCACGCUGUUCCCUUCUUCUGCUAUCUUUUGGGCAGAUGCUUAUGGUCCAAGGAUGAAAUAAGGUUAUGGAAACUGGCUAAGAUAGGUGUGUUUGUGAUAGGAACCUUUGCUUUGUGUUGGCUUCCAUUUCUUCAUGAUAUCGACCACAUACAACAAGUGAUUCAUAGAAUAUUCCCUUUUGCAAGAGGUUUAUUUGAGGACAAGGUGUCGAAUAUAUGGUGCUCCCUGAAUGUAAUCAUUAAACUCAAGAACCUACUCAGCCAACCAUUGCUCAUCAGACUCAGUCUUGCCUCAACCUUAAUAUGUCUAGCGCCCUCUGCAGUCAACCUUCUACUCAACCCAUCGAUCCAAAAAUUAAAAUAUGCCUUGGUCAACAGUUCUUUGGUAUUCUUCCUGUUUUCCUACCAAGUCCAUGAGAAGAGCAUAUUAAUAGCAGCAUUACCAGUGUGCCUUCUUAUCCAUGAGCAACCCUUCGUAUGUACGUGGUUCCUUCUUAUCUCCGUCUUCAGUAUGCUUCCUCUGUUAAUCAAAGACGGGUUGAUUCUUGCAACCAUCCCCCUCAUGGUGCUCUUCUACACCGGGUCAAAGGUCAGCCAAAGUUCAUGGGUCACCCCACCGACGUCAGAUCAAAGAGGGCAGUCCGCUUCCUUCAGAAAUUUUGCUUUCUGGUGUUCCAUACUAGGGGUCAUUGCACUCACUGCAUGUAGUCUUGUUAUCCAGUCUCCACAACGAUUUCCUGACCUGUGGCCUGUCUUGGUGUCAAUAUACUCCUGCGGUCAUUUUAUCCUGUUUCUGAUCAGCUUCAACUACCUCCAAUUCACAAGCGAGGACAUUGGACAGACGUCGGCUAUAGAGGGGGCUGUUCAGAGCAAGCUAGGGGGGAGAGAUGGCCAUCAGGGGGUCGGUAAUAAGACAAAGAAAGGGGGAAAGAGAAAACAGAAAACUAACAAGGUAGACUAGCUUGUAACAAUUUGGUUGCCACUAGUCUUGCAAGGUCUAACUCUUGAUGUCAUCUGGGAAGUGCGUUGACCCGAUGAUUGCUACUUCUACUUGUAAAUAUGGACAAUGCUGGACAGAACCUGAAAUUUUCAGGACUUUUAGGAAUAGAUGCAACUUACAAAAAGCUUUCAAAAAUCCUCCUUGAGCAUGAUAACCAAAAUGGCUGAUGUAAUAAUUAUACUAGUGGACAGGCUGGAAAUAUAAAAUGAGUGUCUACAUAUAUGAUUUAAGGUGCAAGGACUCGCUUAACAACCCAUAUUGAAAGUUUCCAAAAUACGUAAAUAUUAAAAAAAAAAACAGGUUGUAUCUUAAAAUGGCCAGCAAAAUGAGUAUGGAAUUGAUUUUGGAAAAGAAUGGGGGAAAAUCUUCAAGUAGGUUUUAAGAUCCUGAAUGAUAAUAAUAAUAAUAAAAACGUUACUUAUAAAGCGCUUACCACCGAAGUCUCUAAGCGCCAUAACAAACAAAAUAGACUGAUAAACAAUUACAUAUUAAACAAUACAAAAAAGUGCAAAUAAACCUACAAAUAACAAUACAUAUGAAAUCCUCAUCAAAGUGAACAGAGUUAGUUAAUCAUCAAAAGCAAUUUCGAAUAAAUGUGUCUUAAGACAACUUUCGAAUUGAAGUCUUUUGUUCUACACCUAUUUCUCAAUCAAACCUGAAAAUUCAGCUUCUCACCCGUUAUGUCCAUGUUUUGGCGUAUUUUUGAGUUGGUCUAUGAGAUAGAGACCUCACUCUGAAUAUUUGUUUAAUGUCUGAUCAUUCCAUUCUCAUAUUCAUGAAUAUGUGAUUCGUAUUAAAUCAUAAACAUUGAUUUCAGUCUAAGUUGUAUUACUGUUUCGUAUUUCUUGAAAUGUCUUCCUUAAAGGGAUUUGUUUAACAAUGUUAAAUCUGAGAUGCGUGGCCCUACCUGUUAUCAGUGUCUGUGAUAUGGUGUUAUAUUGAAGCC